AAAAAAAAAAAAAAAAAAAAAAAAUACAACAAGAGUAGUCCAUGGAGGAGACAACUUAACAGUUACUGCUAGAUAUGUAAUGGCUUGAAAAUGAUGGCAUUGUGAAACGGACACUUAACGUUGUUUACAUCGCCCUGAAAUGUCAAUGUAUUGCAUACCCAGUGUCGGGAGCCUCUACGCCGAAGUGGAAUGAGCCGUCUGCGCACAAGUUGUUUCUUCACCCCGGCCUAGCUAGCUAGUCAGCUACGGAACGCAGUAGUAUUUUUUUGUUGUUGUCAUUUUAGCUUGCCGGAGUAUGGUUUAAUGUUACCUGAACGAGUCUUCGUAAGUUACCUUCCAAAUAAAUGUGGACAGCUCAUGUUUUCUGUCGCCUGUUUGGGUUUUUGGAGCUCUUUUCCCCGCUAGCUGUCAGGCGAAGUUCAGAGAGACAGGCUAGCGCGUUAGCCGGAUACUGCUAGCCAAGUUUUCAAAGUGUUAUAAUUUCUGCAAAUCACUGUAAUGCAGGGCGAGACGAGAAAGUCCCGCGCUUACUCUUUAUAUAGCAGUCAUCAUUCGUUUUAAUCGCUGAAUGUGUGUAGUCCCUGAACCUGCUAAUAUUUGUUCGCAUUGUUUUUAAUGAUUAAUGUUAGCUGGCUAGCUAGCUAGCGAUGUCCGUGUCCUCCGCCGACAUGCUUGAGACACCACCUGGAUAUCCUUUUGAAGAGAUAGAUUAUGCCGAUAUUGAGGUUGAGGAGGUGGUGGGUAGAGGAGCUUUCGGUGUUGUCUGCAAGGCCAAAUGGAAGGGCAAAGAUGUGGCCAUCAAGACGAUAGAAAGCGAAUCUGAAAGAACCGCCUUUGUAGUAGAGCUUCGUCAGCUGUCUCGUGUAAAUCAUCCCAACAUUGUCAAAUUGUAUGGCUCCUGCAACAAUCCCGUUUGUCUUGUAAUGGAAUAUGCAGAAGGAGGUUCUUUAUAUAAUGUGCUCCACGGCGCAGAGCCUCUGCCCCACUACAGCGCGUCACACGCCAUGAGCUGGUGCCUGCAGUGCGCUCAAGGUGUCUCCUAUCUGCACGGCAUGAAACCAAAGGCUCUCAUUCACAGGGACCUCAAGCCACCCAAUCUGCUGCUGGUCGCUGGAGGCACGGUCCUUAAGAUAUGCGACUUUGGAACGGCCUGCGACAUCCAGACACACAUGACGAACAACAAGGGCAGUGCAGCGUGGAUGGCUCCGGAGGUGUUCGAAGGCAGUAACUACAGUGAGAAGUGUGAUGUGUUCAGCUGGGGUAUUAUUCUGUGGGAGGUGAUUACACGCAGGAAGCCCUUUGAUGAGAUUGGAGGGCCAGCCUUUCGGAUCAUGUGGGCGGUGCACCGUGGAACCCGUCCACCCCUCAUUAAGAAUCUGCCCAAGCCCAUAGAGAGCCUUAUGACACGCUGCUGGUCUAAAGACCCCUCACAGCGGCCCUCCAUGGAAGAGAUCGUCAAGAUUAUGAGCCACCUAAUGGCGUAUUUUCCUGGGUGGGAGGAGCCCCUGCAGUACCCGUAUCAAUAUUCCGAUGAGGGCCAGAGUAACUCUGCCACCAGUACAGGCUCCUUUGUGGACUACACCAGCACGAGCAGCAAGAACGAGGGGGGCUUGGAGCACGGCACCUCUGCCAGCACCAAUGACACCAUCAAGAACAUGGACGCGAAGUUUCCACAAUUCAAACCAAAGGCUGACCCGUUGAGGCCCGGGCUCCCUCUGUCCAGAGAGGGCAGUGUCGAGAGUUUGUCGGGCAGAACACACUGCCUGGCCCCCAGCAGCAAACGAGUGAGCACAGACCUCUCCGAACUCGAGCACAAGACGCCUUUCUCUGCAGCCACCUGUGAGCCCCACAGAUAUAAGUCUUUCCAGGAUCUUUCUGCUGUUGGGACAGAGUCAGGACAGGAGAGCCGUAACAGCAGCAGGUCAUCCAGUCCCAGUGUCAGGAUGAUCACGUCUGAUAAAACAAACAAAAUCUACGGCCUCUCUCCCGAUGACCCCUCAGACACUAAUGGCUCUGAUAACUCCAUCCCCAUGGCCUAUCUGACACUGGACCACCAGUUACAGCCCCUGGCUCCGUGCCCAAACUCCAAGGAAUCAAUGGCCGUGUUCGAGCAGCACUGUAAGAUGGCACAGGAGUAUCUGAAGGUGCAGACGGAGAUUGCCCUACUCAUCCAAAGGAAGAAGGAGCUGAUAGCUGAGCUUGAUCAGGAUGAAAAGGACCAGCAGAACACGUCUCGCCUGGUCCAGGAGCACAAGAAGCUUCUGGAAGAAAACAAGAGCCUCUCCACCUACUUCCAGCAGUGCAAGAAGCAGCUGGAACUGAUCCGCGCACAGCAGCAAAAGAGGCCAGGCACAUCAUGAUGGCCAUGCCCUAAAACACACCCCAAAUCACGCCCCAAAACAAGUCCUUCCUCCAUCCCCAAAACCACCCCGAAACCACCUCACAGACUGACUGACUCUCUUACACGCCACGUUUUCUGGCCUAUGCUUUUGCUCCUCUGCACCCAGUUUCAGCAUCCUCGUCCGAGCUCUGCCACCACCCGAACUCAGCACAAGUCCGUGUUCCUGUGCUGCACUGGUUUUCGAGACCUUCCACUUGACUGUGCACGAGCAUGCCACCCCCCCCACCUGGGCCAGCACCUCUGAUCCUCCAGGUGGCAAGCAUGCCACCCUCCCCCACCCCCCCUCUGUGGGCAAGCCCAGUUUAGGAGAGCUGCCCAUCUGUAUACCAUGUGAAGCCUUGUCCUUCCUAGUGAGCCUAUGUUCAAUGGUCUGAGUUUUUCUAUAGAGUGGGUGUCGCAGGUGAAGUGGCACCCAACAGGCCAUUGGGGUCUCCUUUUCACAUGACUCCAGGUGUAGUGGCCUCCAGUCCUGUGUCUAUAUCCUCUUGGUUCCCUGGGAAGUCAGUUAUAUUUGUCCCUCCCAAAUAUAGCAUCCCAGAAUGCCCCUGCAGGAUUGGUUUAUGCGUUUCAUGGGUAAUUGAUCCUUUAAGAAUGUGAAAGCAACAUGGUUUUAAUUUACAUGGAUUCUAAACUAGUUUUAUUGAUUUAAUCUUCAUAUUUUUCUCAAUAUUUGAAAACAUAGUGGGGGGGGGGGUUUUAAAGUAUUUUCAUUUUUAACCUUAUGCAAAAAA